AUGCACGCAAAGAACUUCAUUGUUGCCCUGGCUCUGGCCUCUUCCUCUGUUGUCGAAGCAAACCGACCGCGCAUGUACAUCCCUCGACAAGUCAAGCGAGAAGUCGAGAACCAUGCCCCAGAGAACCAACCAGCUCCUGUGAUAGAAAAGCGGGGGCCUGCUGAUUCAUUCAUCAAGAGCCUCAUCGACAAGAACAGCCGAAAACAAGCGAGCCAGGAGGAUGGCGUUAAUUUCGACCCAACACUGCCUCUGGGCUUCAAGAAGUCUGGACCUAGUGCCAGCGCACCUGCACUCAUCAUCCAGCCAACAACAAGCGAGGCCCUCCCCGAGACCACGGAACCUGCUGUCUCUACCGACGCUGCCACAGAAACCGAUACUGGCAUUCUCCUAGCUCCCAGUGGUAUCGUCACAUCGAAGACAGCUGCCCAGCCCGCUGAACCUGCCACGACGACAGCAGCUGCGGUUAAGGAGCCUUCGACUGAGGCAUCAAAGAAGGAGGAGACGAAGCCUGCCGCCACUUCCGAUGUCGUUGCCAAACCUGCUACCACCGAGAAGCCUAAGGAGGAGACAAAGCCCGCAGCUACCACAGCACCCGCUGUCGAGAAACCUUCAUCUGUCAAGACUUCCGAACAGAAGCCAGUCGUCGAGACUAAGACCGAGGCACCUGUCCCUGUUGAGACCGUGACCGAGCCCGCUGUCGUUGAAACCAAGACCGAGGAGCCCAGUGCCACCAAGGGUCUUCUUGACCCGGUCGAGAGCAUCUUGACAUCUGCGCUCCCCGUUGCUUCCGACCCUAAGAAGGAGACUAAGCCUGCCGCUGUUGAGACCAAGACCCAGGAGCCCGCAGUUGAAACCACUGAGAAGCCCAAGACUGAGCCUGAAGAGACCAAGCCUGCUGCGGUCCCAACCACGAAGGAAGGACUGUUGGACCCCGUUGAGAGCAUCGUUUCCUCAGUUGUUGCUGAUCCUGCCGACUCUAAGACUACGGAGCCUAAGCCAGUCAACACCGAGACCAAGAAGGUCGAGCCAGCCAAGACCGACAGCCAGAAGGAGACUCAGCCAGCUCCCGUCGAGACCGAGACUGCUAAGCCCGCUGAGCCGGAGACCACAAGCCCAGCUGUGGAGAAGCCUGCUGCCACUUCCAAGGGCCUCCUUGAUCCUGUCGAGACUCUGUUGUCUUCGGUUCUUGCUGAGCCCGCUGACAACAAGACCAAGGACCCUACCCCUGACCAGACUGAGUCUAUCCCUCAACCCGAGGAGACCGGAACACCCACCAAGGACCCUCAGCGUGACGCCUCUAAGCCUCAAACUGAAGGUCAGACUCUCCCAACCUUUAGCCCUCCGGCUGACGAGACCACCGCUGCCCCUAAUGCUGGUGAGACUUCCAAGGAUGGUAUCUUGGAUCCCGUUAAGACACUUCUCAGCUCCGUCUUGCCCAACCAGCCUGAUGUCAAGACGACAUCUCCUGAGGACACUUCAGCUCCCGUGGACAGCCAGCCUACCUCUGCUGCCCCCAAUGGCUCUGAGCAGACUGUUUCUGCUGUCCCUUCAACCGAGCCUAAGACUACUGGCUCUGCCGAGAUCAUCCCCACCAGUAUUCUGCCAGAUCCUACUGAUAUCCUCCCUGUUCCUACUGAUGUCACAUCUGCUGUUCCUGAGGCCUCAAGCCCGGUCACUGUUUCGCCUGUGAUUCCUACAACUGUUUCUCCCCCUAAACAGUCCGAAAGCGGUUCCUCGGAUCUUACUUCAUUCGUUGACCCCUCCACCAAGUUUCCCCAAACUGGCAGUGUUGCACCUACUGAUGCUCCUAACACAACUGUACCUCAGGUGACAUCUGGUAUCGAUGUUACGCCUGUGCCCACCAGCGAGCCUAUCAACGGAACUGAGACCAUUCCUAACGUUACGGACGAGCCUCAAACCACUGGCGCCCCCGUGCCUACCAGUGCUAACACUGAGGAGCCAACAAACGUCACCCAGACUGCUAUCCCUACUGGGGGUGCCACCAAUGAGCCCUCAGGAAACACCACGGCGCCUGCUACUGAGCCCGCCACUGAACCUGCCACUGAGCCAGCCACCGAGCCUGCCACCAAGCCUGUUGAGACAGCUUCUGGCUCGGUUCCUACCGGCAGCCCUGCCACCGAGACUGAUGCGGAGACCAACGGCACUGCCACCGUUGAGCCUACCAAGCCUGCUACUGGCGUUGAGACUCAAAGCGUUCCUGCGUCCGAAGGAGAGCAGACCUCUGCCGUUGCACCCACAGAUGAGCAGCCUUCAGUUGCGCCCACUUCGCAAGCUCCUGUUGAAACCGAGACCAAGCCUGAGCCUGAGCCUACUACUCUGGUUCCCACAGCUGCUGUUCCUGUCACCAGCAUCCGACCCACUGCCACUCUUACCAACACCAACAACUGGCUGCCCACCACCAUUGUCUUUGAGCCUACGUCUAUCCCCGCCGCGCCUUCGCAGCCAACUGAGACCUCAACCUCCACCGGCCUUCCUGCUAACAUUCCCCGUGUUAUCCUUCCUAACGACCCCAACCAGCCUAUCCCUGAAGGCUCUGUUCCCAUCCAGCUGGGUUUCUUGUUCCCUUUCAACUACAAGUUCCUGGCUCGCAACACUGUCGCAGCUGCUCAGCUUUUCAAGUACCUCCCUAAGGGUCUUGCUGAUGCUGGUGGCUUCUCCAAGGACCGCAUUCUCAUUAGCAAGAUUGUUCCUCUUGACACACAGGCCCAGUGGGGAUACAUCACUGCUCUCGCCAAGAUCCAUUAUCCCGAGAACAUGAUCGACAGUCUCCAGGCUGAUCUCAUCACCCCCAACUCCCCAUUGUACAACAAUGAUCUUGAGAUCGUCCGUAACCUGACCUCCGUCAUCAACACCAAGAUCGACAUCUUUGGUGACUCGGACACCGACAGCAACACAGGCAAUGGUAACUCGGAUGAUGGCAACAGUGGCAACCAAGAUGUCUUCGGUAACAGUGGCGAGGGUGACAAGUCUGCUAAGCAGAAGGCCACCACUGCUGGUAUUGCUGUUGGUGCUGUUGGUCUCAGCGUCAUGUAUGGCGCUGCUAUGUUCUUGGUCGCCCGGCGAUACAAGCGCAAGAAGCAACUGGGCCACCGCCGUGCUAGUUCCAUUGGCAGCAGCCAGCGUUCUUCUGAGAUGCAGUACACCGGUAACGGCAGCCCUGCGCUCAUGGGAGGUGCCUUGAUGAGCCGUGACUUCUCAGCAUAUGGCGCAACACAUGCUGAGCAAGGCCAGGUUCACCCUGGUGGCCGUGACAGCCAUGGCAGUGGACGCAGUGGAAUGGGCAACUCUGCACGAACAGCGUACAUCUCUGCGCCUGUUGCUGCUGAGAACUCUCUUGGAUGGAACUGA